GCAUGGGGGUGGAAACAUCAUGAUUUAAGGUUGUUUUUUAGCAAAGGGUCCAGGACGACUGAUCCAUGUAAAGGAAAGAAUGAACGGGGCCAUGUAUCAUCAGAUUUUGAGUGAAAACUGCCUUCCAUCAGCAAGGACAUUGAAGAUUAAAAGUGACUGGGUCUUUCAGCACCACAACGAUCCCAAACACACUGUCCAGAUAACAAUGGAGUGAAUUUGUAGGAGGAAUUUCAAGAUCCUGGAGUGGCCUAGCCAGUCUCCAGAUCCUCAACCCCAUAAAGACUUUUAGGAGGGAGUUGAAGGUCCGUGUUUCCCAGUGAUAGCCCCAAAACAUCACUGCUCUAGAGGAGAUCUGCAUGGAGGAAUGGGGCAAAAUACCAGCAACAGUUUGUGAAAACAUUGUGAAGACAGAAAACAUUUGACUGCUGUCAUUACCAACAAAGGAUGUAUAGCAAAGUAUUAAAAUGAACUUUUGUUAUUGACCAAAUACUUAUUUUCCACCAUAAUUUACAAAUAAAUUCUGUCUUGUUUUUUUUUUUGUUUUUCUAAUUUUGUCUCUCAUAGUUGAAGUAUACCUUUGAUGAAAACUACAGGCCUCUCUCACCUUUUUAAGUGGGAUAAUCUGCACAAUUGGUAGCUGACUCAAUGCUUUUGACCCCGCUGUAAGUAAAUAUAAUUUACCAUUUACGUCAUUUUAUUGUAAAUAAACUUUUGAGUUGGAAACUAUAUUUGUUUUGCGAUAAGACACUCCUUAUACUGCGGCCCGCCACACCCUCCACCUGCUUCAAACAGACUACUGCUCCAUUCAUUGGCCAAAAUUAAUAUUUUGAUUCCUUUUUUUUUGGUGAUAAUUUUAAGUUUCACUGCAUCCCAAAAUUGUGCAUAAAAAGAUUUAAAAUACACUUUUAAAACAUUUGGCGACCUCUUCAUGACCUCAGAGGAUGGAUGGAUGGAGUCAGAGAAACAGCAAAGGACAGAUUUAGAUCCCUGAUGGAGACUCCUCUAAAAUAUUUUGUAAACAUAUAUAUUUUAUUAUUUUUUAUUAAAUGCUGGAUGAUAUGCAUUGUAGCACUUAAAAUAUUUCAGUUUUAGAGUGUUGCAAAGACUAAGAGGCUAAGGUUCAGAUCAACAAAUCAAUGAUUAACAAACUAGAAGAUGAACUUUCCCCCAUCUUACUUCCUUCUAUCACUCAGAUGACAGUUGAAAGUGAUCUUCUUUUGCAGCAACAUCCUCAUUAGUGGGUUAAAAACAGACACAAACAGACCGUUCUGCUCAAUGCUGAAAUGAAAUGGAAGCAGCCUUUUACCUCUUUCUACUUGGAGCUUUCAUGUGUUCAACAGAAGCAGCUGGAAUUUUACCAGAUGGUCCUUUGAAUGCGCCCGUAGGAGGAUCUGUGAUGUUCACAACAUUUCUGACUGAAGCAGACGGACCGUUUGAUGCAGUGACCUGGAAUUUUAAUGCCACAAUUCUUAUAAUCAGCUACCAAUCAGGUUCAAGUUUGAUCCCUCCAGCCUAUCAGGACAGAAUCACCUUUUUUCCAUCUACAGCAUCUCUGGAGCUCAAAGAUCUGACCCUGGAUGAUGGAGGAGAGUAUAGUGUUAAUGUUUUUCCAGAUAGAGGAGGAAUAAUCAAGCUGGACAUUUACGAGAAAAUCUCCAGAGUUUCCAUCAAAUCAUCAACAGAACAGAUCACUGAGGGGAGCUCUGUCACCUUAACCUGUGAGGCCUCUGGAUCUUCACCCAGCAGAACAUGGAAGAAGGACGGAUCAGAUCUGAACUUGUCUGAAAACGUGACACUUUCUGAAGACAACACAGUCUUAACUUUCAAAGCUGUGAAGAAGGAGAACAGUGGAGAAUAUGUCUGUCUGGUCAGCAAUCCUGUCAGCAGUUCUGAAGCCAAGUUCACCAUUGUUGUUAACUAUGGACCAGCAAAUGUUCAGAUUGAAGGUAAAGAUCUGAUAAAUGAAAACGAUCAGAUCAAGUUGAUCUGUUCUGCUGAGUCCACUCCAUCUGCUACAUUCACCUGGAGACUGAAUGGAUCAGAGAUCAUUGGAAGUUCUGCUGAGUUCCUCAAAGAAAAGGCACAAAGUUCUGACAGUGGAACCUACACUUGUGAAGCAAAGAAUACUGUCACUGAGAAACAAUCAACAGCUGAACAUGAACUCCAUGUUCGAGCAGAUAUCACAUCAGGAUGUUAUGCUGGCUGCAUUGCUGGAAUCGUAGUUGGAUGUUUAGUUGUUGUUGCUGCAGCUUCUGCUGGAGGAUUCUUUGUGUAUAAAAAACUACACAAGAGAAAACCUGAUCCUCCUCCUCAGACUGCAGAGGUAAACCAUAUUUAUGAGGAAAUCUCACCAGUCUAUCAAAAUGUUGGUAAAUAAACAAAAGCUCCUCUGUGCACUUUAAACUUUUGGGAAAAAAGGUGAAAUUAUUCACAGAGAAAUGUUUGAUGAGAAUCAUUGAAAUGUUUUUAUGUUUUUUUUCUCUUUGAGCAAUGAAUACAAACAUAAAAACUAAUAAUCUGGUUCUUUUAUUCAUACUAUUUUAAAAAGCAAAAGAGAACACUUUAGGAACUCUGGGAUUUAUUAUGUUUAACACAGAUACUACAAACAUUAUUCCUUUUCAAAUUUGUCAUAAACAUUAUUUUUUGUGUUAUUUAUAACCUACAAUGUCUUGUACAGUAAACAUCCUUUCACCAUUAUCACCCUCAGGACAAUAUAUAUUUAUAUUUAUUUAUUGGAAACUUUGUAAAAAUGUAUAAUCAUUAAAGGAUCAGACCCUGAAUCAAUUCAUUUCCUCAACAUCUGACAAAUCCUAUAAGCAGAAUUAAUCAUCAAAUGAGAGUCAAGAGAACUGAUUUGUUUAUAUUCUUUCUACUUGUUUAACAAAGUCAAAAGGUUUUAUAUUUUAAAAGUUCACUUCCUUUAAUUAUAUAUUUCAGUCUUGUUUUCAACUUGUUUUCAAAGAUUUGAUCUCAAUUAGCAUUCAGAAAUGUAUGUUUGAAUUUGCUUUGGAUUUUACCAAAAAAUCAAAACUGUGUACAGAAAUUAACAGUUUUUUUGGACAAUUGUUGUUUUUCAACUGAAUAUACUUAUCUAUACUUAUCUUGUUCUUAUUUUCAUCAUACUCUAAAUAUUUAAGUGUCUUAUUUGUUUGCUUGAUGAUUGCAUUAUAAUUUGAAGACAAACUGUAAUAAACACUUACUUUUUGAACUUCAUUAACUGUCACUGGCCCUCGAUUAAAUAGAGAUUAAACAGAAAUCUACCACUAACUAUGAGUGGGGAAAACAUAUUUUUGUGUUUUCAUUCGUAUUCUAUGGACAAUGAGUAAGAAGUUAUAAUUUCUUCCAGGCUGUGUAAACUUCUGAGCACAACUGUAGAUUAUUAGUGACAAUGAUUCACAUUAAAUGACAUCUGCCUUUACACUAAACUGGCUGAGGCUGUUGUGAGGUGAUACAAAGCAGUUUGUAAGAAUGUUCGACAGAGAGACUGAUAAAUGAUUAAACGAAUAAAAUUAUAAAUGUUUGUCUAAUGAUGACCUACUUCUUUAUACUUUUAGAAAAGUGAACAUCUGUAUUAAAGUUUCCAGAGGA